GGCGGAGCGAAGACACACCCCACCCUCCGCGUUCGACCCCGCCCCUUCGGUCCCGCCCCUCCCGGGUCCCUGCCUGCGCCCCCAGCAGUGCCCUGGCCACAGAGCCUCCCCUGCCGCCCGAUGAAUGGAGUCGCCUUCUGCCUGGUCGGGAUCCCGCCUCGCCCGGAGCCCCGGCCCCCCAAGCUGCCUCUGGGCCCGAGGGAUGGGUGCUCUCCCGCGCGCUCCCUCCCCUGGCAGGGCCCACGGACGCUGCUCCUGCACAAAAACCUCCAGGAUGGCUUCGGCUUCACCCUGCGCCACUUCAUCGUGUACCCACCCGAGUCCGCCGUGCACUGCAGCCUGAAGGAGGAAGAGAAUGGAGGCCGAGGAGGAGGACCCUCCCCCCGGCACCGCCUGGAGCCCAUGGACACCAUCUUUGUCAAGAAUGUGAAGGAUGAUGGCCCCGCCCAUAGGGCGGGCCUUCGCACAGGAGACCGGCUGGUGAAGGUGAAUGGGGAGAGCGUCAUUGGGAAGACCUACUCCCAGGUCAUAGCUCUGAUCCAGAAUAGCGAUGACACUCUGGAACUUUCCAUCAUGCCCAAGGACGAGGACAUCCUCCAACUGGCCUACUCCCAGGACGCCUACCUGAAGGGGAACGAGCCGUAUUCUGGAGAGGCCCGGAGCAUCCCAGAGCCACCCCCGAUCUGCUACCCCCGAAAGACCUAUGCCCCGCCAGCCCGGGUCUCCACCUGGGCCACUAUGGUUCCUGAGCCGCUCUCAGCACUGCCCGGUGACCCCCGGAGUCCUGCUGCCUGGAGUGACCCGGGGCCCCGCAUCCCGUCUACCGCCCGCUCCCAUCCGGACCACCCUUCCUUGGGGAUGAGCCAGCCCCGCCCCAGCCCUGGUGCCUUCCCCCGCCACCCCUCAGAGCCCCGGACGCCUCGUGCCUUCCCGGAGCCUGGCAGCCGGGCACCCCCCAGCAGACUGGAGUGCCAGCAGGCCUUGUCACACUGGCUGUCGAACCAGGUACCCCGCAGGGCGGGGGAGAGACGGUGCCCCGCCAUGCCCCCCCGGGCCCGCAGUGCCUCCCAGGACCGACUGGAGGAGGUGACUGCCCAUCGCCCUUGGCCCUGCUCCACCUCCCAGGGUGCCUUGAGCCAGCUGGGCCAGGAGGGCUGGCACCGAGCACGCUCAGACGACUACCUGAGCCGGGCCACCCGCUCUGCUGAGGCGCUGGGGCCAGGAGCGCUGGUGUCACCCCGCUUCGAGCGCUGUGGCUGGGCUUCCCAGCGACCGUCUGCCCGUACCCCUGCCUGCGCACCCAGGGACCUGCCCGGGCCCCAGGCCCCAGCCCCGCCUGGCCUGCAGGGCCUGGACGACCUCGGGUACAUCGGGUACCGGAGCUAUAGCCCAUCAUUCCAGCGCCGGACUGGCCUCCUGCAGGCGCUCUCCUUCCGGGACUCCCCCUUUGGGGGGCUGCCCACCUUCAACUUGGCCCAGUCCCCGGCACCGUUCCCACCGGAGGCAUCUGAACCACCAAGAGUUGUCCGACCAGAACCCAGCACCCGGGCCUCGGAGCCUCCCUCCGAGGAUCGCCGUGAUGAAGUGAUCCUGAGGCAGAAGCCUCCCACGGGCCGCAAGGUCCAGCUGCCCCCUGCAAGACAGAUGAACCUUGGGUUUGGUGAUGAGUCCCCAGAGCCAGAGGCCAGUGGGCGAGGGGAACGCCCGGCCAGGAAGGUGGCCCCUUUGGCCACUACUGAAGACUCUCUGGCUUCCAUUCCCUUCAUCGACGAGCCCACCAGCCCCAGCAUUGACCUCCAAGCCAAGCACGUCCCUGCUUCUGCUGUGGUCUCCAGCGCCAUGAACUCCGCCCCUGUCCUGGGCACCAGCCCAUCCUCCCCAACCUUCACCUUUGCCCUCGGCCGCCAUUACUCCCAGGACUGCAGCAGCAUCAAGGCCGGCCGCCGUUCUUCCUACUUGUUGGCCAUCACCACCGAGCGCUCCAAGUCCUGCGACGACGGGCUCAACACCUUCCGGGACGAGGGCCGGGCUCUGCGGCGCUUGCCGAACCGCGUGCCCAGCCUGCGGAUGCUUCGAAGCUUCUUCACUGAUGGGUCCUUGGAUAGCUGGGGCACUUCCGAAGAUGCUGACGCUCCUUCCAAGCGACACUCAACCUCUGACCUCUCAGAUGCGACCUUCAGCGACAUCAGGAGAGAAGGCUGGUUGUAUUAUAAGCAGGUCCUCACCAAGAAAGGGAAGAAAGCGGGCGGCGGCCUGCGCCAGUGGAAGCGGGUGUACGCCGCGCUGCGGGCGCGCUCGCUCUCGCUGAGCAAGGAGCGGCGGGAGCCCGGGCCGGCGGCGGCGGGGGCGGCGGCGGCCGUCGCAGGUGAGGACGAGGCGGCGCCCGUCUGCAUCGGCUCCUGCCUGGUGGACAUCUCCUACAGCGAGACCAAGAGGAGGCACGUGUUCCGGCUGACCACCGCUGACUUCUGUGAAUAUCUCUUUCAGGCUGAGGACCGGGAUGACAUGCUGGGCUGGAUCAGAGCGAUCCGAGAGAACAGCAGGGCCGAGGGCGAGGACCCCGGCUGUGCCAACCAAGCUCUGAUCAGCAAGAAGCUUAAUGAUUAUCGCAAAGUGAGCCAUAGCUCUGGGCCCAAAGCUGAUUCUUCCCCCAAAGGCUCUCGUGGCCUGGGGGGACUCAAGUCUGAGUUCCUCAAACAGAGUACGGCACGUGGCUUCAGAACUCAGGACCAGCCUGCAGGGAGCAAGGAUGACAGUGUCUCCACCUCCAAAACCCCCUGGGGCAUCAACAUCAUCAAGAAGAACAAGAAGGCAGCUCCCAGGGCAUUUGGGGUCCGACUGGAGGAGUGCCAGCCAGCCACGGAGAACCAGCGUGUCCCCUUGAUCGUGGCUGCAUGCUGUCGAAUUGUGGAGGCACGGGGGCUGGAGUCCACGGGCAUUUACCGAGUCCCAGGCAACAAUGCAGUGGUAUCCAGCCUGCAGGAACAGCUCAACCGUGGCCCCGGAGACAUCAACCUGCAGGAUGAGCGCUGGCAAGACCUCAACGUGAUCAGCAGCCUGCUCAAGUCCUUCUUCCGAAAGCUACCUGAACCUCUUUUCACCGAUGACAAAUACAACGACUUCAUCGAGGCCAAUCGCAUUGAAGACUCGAGGGAGCGCUUGAAGACGCUGCGGAAGCUGAUUCGGGAUCUCCCAGGACACUACUAUGAAACACUGAAAUUCCUCGUGAGUCAUCUGAAGACCAUUGCCGACCACUCAGAGAAAAACAAGAUGGAGCCCCGGAACUUAGCCCUGGUCUUCGGGCCGACGCUGGUGAGGACGUCUGAGGACAACAUGGCAGAUAUGGUGACCCACAUGCCUGACCGCUACAAGAUUGUGGAGACGCUGAUCCAGCACUCAGACUGGUUCUUCAGCGACAGCGAGGACAAGGGAGAGAGAACCCCCGUGGAUGACAAGGAGCCUCAGUCAGUGCCAAACAUCGAGUACCUCCUGCCUAACAUUGGCAGGACAGUGCCGCCUGGAGAGCCGGGCUCAGAUUCCACCACCUGUAGUUCAGCCAAGUCUAAGGGCUCAUGGGCCCCCAAGAAGGAGCCGUACACCCGGGAGAUGCUGGCGAUCUCCUUCAUCUCUGCGGUCAACCGCAAGAGGAAGAAGCGGCGGGAGGCGCGGGGACUGGGCAGCAGCACAGACGACGACUCGGAGCAGGAAGCGCACAAGCCUGAGGCGGGGGCGCCGGCGCCGCGGGCCCAGGACCGGCCGGAGGGGCAGCGGCCGGGAGCCGCCGCCCCCGAGGCCCCCGGACGCCAGCCCCCGGCGGCGCCGGAGGAGCGGCCGGCUGCGGACACGCGCUCGAUCGUCUCGGGCUACUCCACCCUGUCCACCAUGGACCGCAGCGUGUGCUCGGGCGCCGGGGGCCGGCGGGCGGGCGCGGGGGACGAGGCGGACGACGAGCGCAGCGAGCUGAGCCACGUGGAGACGGACACGGAGGGCGGCGCGGGACCCGGGGGGCGCCCGGCGCGCCGGCCCUCGUUCAGCUCGCACCACCUGAUGCCCGGCGACACCCUGGCGCGGCGCCGCCUGGCCCGGAGCCGCGCGGACGGCGAGGGCGCGGGCGCGGCCGCCGGGCUGCCGGGCUCGGCCUCGUCUAGCAGCCAGGAGUCGCUGCGCCCCCCGGCGGCCGUGGCGGCGGCGGCGGCGGCGCUGGGCUCUCGGCCCUCGCGCCUCGAGGCGCUGCGGCUGCGCCUCCGCGGCACCGCCGACGACAUGCUGGCCGUGCGGCUGCGGCGGCCGCUGUCCCCCGAGACGCGGCGGCGCCGGAGCAGCUGGCGCCGCCACACAGUGGUUGUGCAGAGCCCGCUGACCGACCUCAACUUCAACGAGUGGAAGGAGCUGGGAGGCGGGGGUCCCCCGGAGUCCGCGGGCCCGCGGGCGCACAGCGACAACAAGGACUCGGGCCUCAGCAGCCUGGAGUCCACCAAGGCGCGGGCCCCGUCGACCGCCGCCUCUCUGCCCCCCGCGCCCGGGGACCCGGGAGCCCCGCAGAGCCAGCCGCCGCGCCGCUCGGCCGCCUCCCGCCUCCAUCAGUGUCUGUGACACCGCCCGCGCCGGUCACCCCGCCCCCGCCCCGGUUUCCCAGGAGUCGUCUUUGCCUGCACCCCUUCUCUGGUCGCCCAUGGGAGCAUCCGGGUGCAAGUGGGGGGCGCUGAGGCCGCGCCUCUGGUUUGUGCGCUGGAAUUGGUCGGGAGAAGCCGGGGCUGGACACGGAGUGGGAGCGGAAGGCAGGGGCUCCGAGGCUGAGGAGACCGAGAAGGGUUAGGCUACUGGGGCUCCGUGCAGGGCUGCGAGGGUCUCUGUCCCUUGGAUAAGUGUGCCCUUCUGGGCCCUUGUGUCUGCACUUAGGGACUCUUAUCGGCCCAUAGGCUGUGGAUAGGGAGCCCCUAAGGCUCAGACCAAGAAGACACUGGGUGAUGCUGGCUCCUCACCCCUUUCCUCUGCCCUCGCCGCGCGCAUUAGCCCCUAGCUGCCAGCUCAGGUGGGGGUGUGUGUGUGUAUGUUGGGGGAGAGGAGGUAGGGCGAUAGUGUCCGUGGGGGGCGGGGGUGUGUGUGUGUGUGCGCGAGUGUGUGUUCUCACUGUCCAAGUGUUUCCGUAGCAACUCCUGCCACCCCUGCCCCUUUCCUCCCCCGCCCCCAUCAGGGCUCCCUGUCUUCCGCGCACACAGGGAUCCUGCUCCCCUGCCGCCUGUCAGAGCCAGAGAAGAGGGGUGGGGCCCCUCCACAGAGGCAGGACUGACACUUCCCAGGGUUACUCACCGACCUUUUUCCAAUCUUUACAUUAUGACCAUGGGGAGCUGCCUGUGCCCCAGACCGUCUGGGGAGGGUCCAGAGUCCCCCCGGCUAGACCUCUUGCCCCUCUUUUUGUUCUUCCAGCUGUGCCUGCUCCUUCCACAGCUAAGGCACACGGGCCCCACCUUCUUCCCUUUAAGAGGGAGGGUAGAAAACAUCCUUGGUGUCUAAGUGUCUGUCUCUCACACUCUCAUUCACUCACUCUCUCUCACACACACACACAGAUGGACGGGAUCUGCGCUGGGCUGCUCCUUCAGGAAGGGCAGGACCCAGCGCCCUCUUCCCCCCACAGUUGUAAAUAGAUCUCAGAUCACAGGCCUCUCCACCCACGUCCUCACUCAUCCCAGGGAAGCCCAGGGGGUUGUGAACCCACUGCCACGUCGAUCGGUCCUCUUGUUUUAUGCAAAGAUUUGCUGUAAAGUAGAUUUCUUGAUCCUCCCUGCCUCAUCCUUUAUUGUAAAUAUUGUCUCUAAAUGUGUAACAUAUUAUAAAGAAUUUAUAAGGAUUUUUAAAGAUGUUUUGCUCAUUUAAAAGUGUUGUAACAGUGUUGAAUAAGCCUCUGCCCGACGUCCGCAUGUCUCCUCUCACUGUGUCCUUGACACACCUCUCUAGGCGACAACUAAGAUUUCCUGCUUCUGAAAAGUCCUGUCUGAACAGUAUAGUCUAUACCUUGGAAAUAAAUGGCCUUCCUUGAGGCA